AUGUGUUUGCCACAACAUACAACAGAAAAUUGGUUAAAAAUCGCAAAAGAUUUUCAUUUACGAGCCAAUUUUCCAAAUUGUAUAGGUGCCAUAGAUGGUAAACAUAUAAGGACUAUAAAACCUUACAAUAGUGGAUCAGUGUGUUAUAAUUAUAAACACUUCUUUUCUAUCAUUUUGCUUGCCAUUUGUGACGCUGACUACAAGUUCGUAUACAUAGAUGUUGGUUCCUAUGGAAAGGAUAGCGAUUCUACUAUAUUUACACAUUCAACAUUUUAUCAAAAGCUAAUGAAUAAUGAUUUACAAGUUCCGGAACAUCAGCCUAUUUCAUCGAUAAAUCCAAUACCAGUACCGUUUGUCAUUGUUGGUGACGAAGAAUUUGGACAAUCUGAUAAAGUUAUGCGACCAUUUGGUGGAUCAAAUUUAACAACAAAGAAAAAAAUAUUUAAUUAUAGGCUUUAUCGUGCUCGACGCUACAUAGAAUGUUCAUUCGGCAUAUUAGCAAAUAAGUGGCAGAUUUUUCACAGACCUAUUAAUGUAAAUUUAGAUCUAGUAACAAGCAUCACCAAAACAUGUUGUGUUCUUCACAACUAUGUUCGGGAAAGAGACGGAUAUAAAUUUGAAGAUACCCUGUGCAUUCCUGGCUUAGAAGAAGUGCCAACAGGUAUUCAAAGAGCUACGCGACGUGGCAUGUCAUACAGAGAUAUGUUUGCUGAUUAUUUUAUGACUGAGGGUCAAUUACCUUGGCAGAUGAGCAGAAUUCAUUAA